AUGGCAAUGGACAGUUGGCAUGCGCCGGACAAGUACUAUGUCAAUAAUCUGCAUACCGCCAUCAACGGGACGGGGGUUUAUGGGUUUAUUUUCAAUUCCAGCCAGGCGCCGCUGAAUACGUACGACUGGUGCAAUAUGCCGCAUACGAAUCCGAAGACUUAUCCGAGGGCGGAUAGGGACUACAAGCUGGAGUAUGUCGAGUUGAUCCAUCGCCACCACAAGCGCACGCCGUAUGCAAGUAAUACAUUCCCGAGGGAGGGUUAUUCGUGGGAUUGCGACGACGAGGGACUCUUCUAUGGCGGCAAGCCUCUCAAUCCGUAUGGCAACGCUGCGGCUUCGACGUACUGGGAUGUGUAUACAUCCGCUGUGAAUCCAUUUCCGCCGCAGGGGUUCAAUGGGACUUGCCAGUUCCCGCAGAUCACGAGGGGUGGGCUGGACGAUAGUCAUCAACAUGGUGCUGAUCUCAAGAGCGUUUACUCGGAUAUGCUGCGCUUCAUUCCUGGGAACUACGAUCCGAAUGUGGUCUCUUACAGAGUGUCCAACAAUGUCAUCACUUCUCAGGUCGCCAGCAUGCUUGUUGCUGGGAUGUAUCCUGAGCGCAAGAACAAGGACACGCCGUUGCUCAUUCAACCGGACAGCAUCGACUCGCUGGAGCCGACGUACAGUUGCCCGGCUGCAUCUAGCCUGUUUGGCAGCUACGGCUCUGGUAGUUCCUCUCCAGCUUGGUUGGAACACAUCACGGCCUCGCAGCCUCUCUACAAUCGUCUCGACGCAUUGUCCGGCGUCAGCCCGAGCGAUGGUGGUUGGCACAUGAGCUGGGACCACUACUUCGACAACCUCUCAGCGCGUCAGUGCCACAACAAGCCUCUCCCUUGCAAGAUCGGCGACUCAAGCGACUGUGUCAGCCAGGCCGAAGCCAACGAGGUCUACCGACUGGGCGAAUACGAAUACAGCUUCAUCUACCGCGACUCAAGCCAAUCCCUCCCCGCCAGCGUCGGCAGCUACGGCGUCUGGGUAGCCGAACUCGCCCAAAACCUCCGCCACGCAAUGGACGACGGCCAAUCCGCCGAAGACGGCGCGGCCCCCUCGAGCGUGAAGUACAGACACAACAUCGCGCACGACGGAUCCGUCUCCAGACUGCUCUCCAUCUUGCAGAUCGAGCGCAUGGUCUGGCCGGGCAUGGGCGCGGAGGUUGUCUUUGAGCUGUACAGCCGACGAGGCUGCUACUUCCUGCGGGUGCUGUGGGGAGGACAGAUUAUGCAGUCGAGUCAUCCUUCUUUUAGGAGGUUUGAUAUGGUGCCUGUUGAUGCGUUUUUGGCGUACGUUGAUGGGCUGGUGGGACGGGGGGCGAGUAAGGUGCCUGGGUUGUGCCAGAGCUAA